UAAAGUGAAGGGCACUGUCAAAGUGUAUUGUGCUCAAUAUCUAAUGUUGUGAUAUAAAACACAUUGCUGGGAGUUUUCGGUAAUUAUUUUGACGAUGCGAACUCAUAUCCUGACGUUCUUUAUUUAAAUUAGAUUGUAAAAUUGCUUAGAUUAGAAAACAUUAUUAGUUUUUUUUUUAAAUAUUUGAUCUACUAUAUUUCUUAAAAAGUGAAAAACGUCAGAUAUCAGGCGAAAGGUGCAUUAUGCUUCGCAUAUUACUCAGUAUCAUAGUAAUCCUGACCUAUGGUCUUUCGCGAGGUUUAGAAUGCAACAAUACCCGUACAAACAUAUGCAUGGAUGUCGCCGACUUUUGCCUGAAUGGAGGUACCUGUCAUUACGACACUUCAAGUUGUCAGUACCAAUGUAGAUGCACUCGAUUAUUCACCGGUCGAAGAUGUGGCGAACGGAAAAACUUCAUUCAGUCUGAAAGGGACAUAUAUAAAUCGCCUACUGGAAUAGAUAGAUCUCCAAGAGAAAUAUCAAGGAAGACACUAUCGCCUUCUCCAACGGAAGAUUAUGUUUGCUCUCCAAAUUACAAGAUACGCCCUUUAGACGAAAGAGAUUGCACUAUUGGUUUCGCUUGUAUGUAUGGCUACUGCAAUAUUGAAAACUUUUCGUUUGACUGUAGUUGUGACAUUGGUGGAGUGGGGCCACUCUGUGAAAAUAAGUGUUGUCUGCAGUGUUCAGAACAUGGUCGAUGUGAGCUGGAAAACGGCAUCGAAUUUUGUCACUGUGCUACGAAUUAUGAGGGACGAUUAUGCGAAAUUUCCACGAUCUCGACCACUCUGCCAACAGGAACCCUUUCGUCGACAAUGACAAAUGUUUCAUCACCAAGCGAAAAAACUACAACUGCAAGCGAAAAAACUUCACCACUAAGCGGAAAAACUACAUCACCAAACGAAAUCACUUCAUCACUUAGCGGAAAAACUACAUCGUCAAGCGAAAACACUUCAUCACCAAACGAAAACACAUCGCAAAGCGAAAACACUACACCACCAAGCGAAGAACCUAAACCGCCCAUGAUAACUGCCACACCAAGCGAUGCAUCUACAAAAACACUUUUGACAAAACAUGCAGCUUCUGCCAAUGAUACUACUACACAUUACGUUUGCUCACCAAAUUACAUAAUGCGUCCUUUGGAAGAAAGAGAUUGCAGCAUUUUCAUUUGCAAAUAUGGUUAUUGCAAUUUUGGAAACUUUUCGUUUGACUGUAGUUGUGAUAUUGGUGGAGUGGGGCAACUCUGUGAAGACAAAUGCUGUAUGCAGUGUUCAGAACAUGGUCGAUGUGAGCUGGAAGAAAACGGCAGCGAAUUUUGUCACUGUGAAACGAAUUAUGAGGGACGAUUAUGUGACCGUAUGUUGAUUAUCCCCAGCCAGGCAUCACCAGAACAAGAAGACCUAGUUGCCCUAUGGACCAGUGUCGCCGUCGUGCUUAUCGGCCUUAUCCUGGCAGGAGUCCUCAUGUUCUUCUGGAUGUGGCGGAACAGGGUCACCAUCAUCAUGAAAAUAGUGCACUAUUUCCAGGCAUAUGAAGAUGAUGACGAAAAGACGUGGGAUUCUUUCAUAUCUUAUAAAUCUUCUGACGUCGAUCAGCACUUUGUCCUUCACGUUUUGUUGCCAAAACUUGAAGAGCUCGGCUUCAAGGUCUGUUUACAUUGCAGAGACUUCCUUCCAGGAGAAACGAUUGCUAACAACAUCAUCAACGCCAUCGUCAACAGCAGAAGGACAAUCCUUAUCCUAUCGCCUCGCUUUGUAAGGAGCGAGUUUACUAGACUGGAGUACCAGGUCGCCCAGCAAGAGAUGUUAAAACGGAAACAUAGGAUAAUUCCAUUGUUACUGGAAGACAUCUCGGCGGACACAGUGGACCCAAACCUAAAACAGAUACUUAGAUGUGUGACUUACCUGGAAUACCCUGGUGCAGACAGCAGCGAAAAGAACAUGAAUCGCUUUUGGAAGAAACUCUCUUUGGCUAUGCCAAAGAAAAGAAUCAUUGGAGCAAACCAAAAACGACAAAACGAUGUUGUCAUAGACGUGAAGGAUGAAGAAAACGUUGAGGUGCGAACAGACUACGCCAAGGAAGACAAUAAACCAACCCAUAUCAUGGAUGUUACGACACUUUAAUCGACUCGCAUCAAUGGAGAGUAUUUACAAUAACACCUGUAUAAGCAUAUAUAGGCACUUGUAUCUGAUAAUUAAUACCGGAGUUUAAAUUAUCUUCGACAUAUACUUUAUAUACAGAAAGGUAUUCAGCUUCCGUUCAAGAUGAUCGGAAAGUCGUUCGAACACGGAAUUGCCUUUGAUUUUAAAUUAGUUUUUGCAAGGAGCAGUUCGAUUGGCUUACCUAUUUUACCAAACCAAUCAGACAGCUCCUUGCAAACACUAAUUUGAAAUCAAAGACACUUCUGUCUCACAGAAGCUUCAGAAAUAUACGGAGAUAAAGCCAUGUGUAUCUAGAAUUAUAGAUGACAACAGACAGGUCAUUGUAAGGAGCCAAGGCAUACAGGCUCUGGUGAUGCCAUGAAUAUUAGAAAUGAAAGACAGAAGCAAAAGGAAGACCCAUCUCUGUAACUAGUUACAUUGUAUAUACAUGGUUUGGCUUGUUUGUUUUUGUUUAACGUCCUAUUAACAGCCAGGGUCAU